AUGAUACUUACCGGGACACUUCUGUCCUGCGCCGCCCUCUACCUCUGUUCGGUCUCAGCUAAGGCAACGCCCCUGGAAUGCAAAUGCGGCCCCGGCGACGCCUGCUGGCCGAGUCCUCGGGAAUGGCAAACCCUCAACAGCACCAUUGACGGGAAACUCAUUCGCGCCAUCCCCCCGGCUUCGGUCUGUUAUAAAUCGCAGCCCACCUACGACGCAGCAGCCUGCAGCUCCAUACUUGCCCAAUGGCACACUUCUGGUUUCCACUUGCAGGAUCCCAUUAGUAUUGAUUUCCCAAUGUGGGCGGGUGACUCGUGUGCACCUAUCUUUGAGAAUGGGACAAGUGUAAAUGGUGACCCGACGGCGGGGAAGAAGGGAUGUUCGAUUGGUCGCCAUCCGGUUUACGUAGUAAAUGCUACAGGUCCGGAGGAGGUUGUCACAGCGGUGAAGUGGGCUGGGGAGCGGAACAUUAGAGUGAAUGUUAAAGCGACGGGGCAUUCAUUGACGGGGAGGAGCACUGCUGAAGGGAGUCUUUCCAUUUGGACACGAAACAUACGCGGCAUUAAAUUCCACGCCAAGUUCCAAAGUGCAUCGUGUCCCGGCGGCGAGAGUGGCAGACAGGCUCAAAUGGCAGCCACGGUAGGAGCAGGGGAGAUUGGCUAUGAUGUGAUUCAAGAACUAGAUAAAUAUGGAGCCACCGCUGUCACGGGCGGAAAUAACUACGUAGGGCUUGUCGGAUGGCUUACCGGCGGCGGCCAUGGGCGCCUAAGCAGCUCCUAUGGCAUGGGCUCUGACAAUCUGAUUGAAGCCAACAUCGUCACUCCGACCGGCAAAUUCCUCACCGUCAAUGCUUGCCAACAUGCUGACCUCUUCUGGGCCAUCCGUGGCGGUGGCGGCGGUACGUAUGGGAUCAUCACGUCGGUCAUUAUAAAGGCCUACCCCACACCGUCAACGACUGUGUGGAAAAUACAAGGUCAAUUAUUGGACAAAUCCAAGGAGGACCAGUGGUGGGACCUCAUGGCUUAUUUCUAUUCGCUCCUUCCAUCUAUGAAGCAGAAGGGGCUUCAGGGAUAUUACCGCAUGAUAGGUCAGCCGUUUGCAGAUACGCUGGUGUUUGUUGCCUCGUUUUUGUUGUAUGACAAACCUAGUGGGACUGCUGAGGCUUUGUUCGAGCCGUUCAAGCAGAGACUUGAUGAAUUGAUGCGUGCUAAGUCAGUGGCUUAUUUGUCCGAAAUCUUCACGGAGCCUUCGUUCUUGAAGGGCUAUGAUCGCCUGGUGUCAGAUGAACCCGUUGCGCAUGUUGACUAUGCGCUGGGGACCUGGCUGCUUCCUGCCCAGCCUAUGGAGGAUGUGGAAGUAAUGGCCAAGAUGUUCAAGGAGAUUGGGCCAAAGAUCGGAGGCAACAGCCCACUGUCCACCAUUUUAAAUAGCUGCUUCGUUGCGAACUCGGCCAACAGUGACCUGGAAACAGCUUUGCACCCCGCCUGGCGCAAAGCAGUCAUACAUCUGAUGGUCAUCAGUGCUGCCACUAGUGGCGUUUCCCGUAAAUCCAUCCAAGAAGUUCGCGACGAUAUGACAUAUAACAAGAUGCCCAACCUAAAGAAGAUAGCCCCUGACUCUGCGGCAUACUUCAAUGAGAUGGACCCAUUCGACCCUGAUUGGCAAAAUGUGGCCUUCGGACCAAAUUAUAAGAAACUGAGAGCCAUAAAGAAGAAAUAUGACCCCGAUGCGCUGCUUUGGUGCUUUUCGUGUGUGGGGAGUGAGCACUGGGUUGAAAUUGAGGAUGAUCUGGUGGGAUGA